UGGCGCACUCCUGUAAUCCAGUUUCUUGGAGGUCGGGUUCAGUGGAUGGUUUGAGGUUGGGAGUCCUGUUGCAAAGCGAUUCACGUUGACUGGAUGUCCGCACUAAGAUCGGCAUCGAUAUGGACAUCCUGGGGGAGUCUGGGAUGUCCAGGUCAGCUAAGGAGGGGCGAACCGGGCCAGGGGGGAAACCCAGCAGCCAAAAGUCCCCGUGUCGUUCAGUAGUGGGAUCGCGUCUAGGAGUGGAAGCUUUGUGACAGCCCAAUCAAUACAGCUAGACCUGGACCUUUUUUGCAUUUUUUUUUCCAAAUUCAGAAUUUACAAAAACAUUUUGAACCUUUAUUACAAUAUUGGCAUAACAUGCCAAAAGAUAAUUUAUUAAUAACAAUUUCAUCAUGUAGAAAACGAGAGGGUAUGCAACCAACUUUUCAGAUCCUCAAGUAUAAAGUUAGUUUCCUUUAUUCAAAUUUUUGGUAUUACAUUUGAUAAAUAAGAUUAUUGUAUAUCACCCACUUAAUUAUUAAUUAAUUAUUUUAAUGAGUAAUGUGUUUUUUGUAUGGCCAACUUUUUUUUACAUGAUUGAAAUUCACUUGACACUAAUUUUGACAUUGACAACUUACCAACCAUAACCUUAAACUCCAGAACAUUCGAGAGAUUUUCGUGAAUCUUGACUCAGUUAUAAAUCCCAGCGUAGUGCACGUACACUCGUAGUGGUUUUAGUGUCAAAUGUGAGUUAAAAUGGCUAGCAAUCAGGAAAAUCAGCCUCAAAUUGCUGGUGCAAUCUGUGCGCCACCCCCACAGCCCCAAACCGGCGACGUACCCCAACCGCGGCAACCCACAAACCUUCAAGGCCUCCUCAAAUUUGCCAUGGAAGCUACCAAACUGGAAGACGCUCCCCACGAGUCCAACUUCCAACCCAUGGAAGAAGCCCGCCGGAAAUUUCUGGAAGAAGCUCUUAAUUCGCUCACAGUUGACGUAAUCGAAGUGUUACUCAAACAAAUCAAAAUCCUCGAGAAAGUGGACACUCUCAACGACGAUGACGAUGACAGUGAAUACACAACAGCCCUCGAUACGAUAUCGGAUUUCGUGUGUGACAUCGACACUGCGAACGAUUUUCACAAAAUUGGUGGCUUUGUGAUUGUCUCGCCGUGUCUUAAAUGCAAAAGCCCCAAAGUGAGGGCUCAAGUGUGUAAUUUGCUGGCGGAGUUGUGUCAGAAUAACGCCUAUUGUCAACGAGUGGUGUUGGAAAAUGGGAUUAUGCCAAUACUGGUGGAGAUUGUGGAACAAGACCCUGAGGUUUCAGUGGUAGUGAAAGCCUUGUAUGCUAUUAGUUGUAUAGUGAGGCAAAAUACUGGGGCUUGUGCUCAGUUUAUACAGUAUAAGGGGGUUCAGGUGUUUCUAGAGGCCCUCAAACGAAAUGAGGAAAAAAUUAAUAUCAAAAUAUGUUUUCUUUUGAGGGCUUUGUGCAGUUCACAAGCUGAUUUUAAAAGUCGAGUCGUUUUUGUCGGAUACAUUCCUGUGUUAUUCUCUUUAAUCUCAGCUCCUAAAGCAAGUGAUGAACACGUCUUAGGACUUAUCCAGAAGUUGAUUGAAGACAACGCAGCUGCCAUAAAUGAAUGUAGACAAAAUAAAGUCAACGCUAAAGAAAUCCUGGAAAAUUAUUUGUCAGAAAUAAAGGGCAAAGUGGAAUAUUCCAAUGAAGAAGAGUUGUGUAAUACAAUUUACAAUACUUUAUUUGCACAGAAAUAAAAUGUUUUUAGUUUGUAUUUAUUUCAUAUAAUUAAGUUGUAUUUUUUGCAAAAAUAAAUAUACGUUUUUAUAUAUAAA